AGAUCAAAUGCCAGUUCGGUAUUAUUUAUUUUUGUGUUUUAUUUUCAUCAGUGCAUAAUGUUUUUAUUUAUUCAUCACUUUGUUCCAACAAUUUCUAUUUAAAAUUACGAUAUUGUGGUUGUUUUCGUACUUAUAAUAUCUACGAUGGCGUAUCGAAUACUAGCCUGGUUCAGUUUAAUUUCUGUAAUUACUAUAGCCUUACUAGGGUUUGGGUUGUACUUAGCUCUGCUAACGUUUUUAAUAUCAUUUAUAGCUGGAGUUCUUACAAUCUUACAUUUGAACUUUGAUAGUAGGAAGAUAUUUUCUUCAGAUAUAGAUUGUUUGGAUGAUCCUCUUCAGCUAACAAACUAUUCUAUUCAAUCUCCAAAGAUCCUGCAGUUAUUUCAAAAUAAUAAACCAUGGCCAAAAUUUGAUAACAGAAUUACGGGAAGUGAGACUGUUGACUCAUUUCUUAACGAAAUAAUCACAAUAAUAAUUAAUGACUAUGUGACACCAUGGUAUGAAGUUCUAACUGAUGAUCAAGAGUUCACAGAUCAUGCAAUUAAACAAACAGUAGUAAUUACAAGUGCUAAUGUUACAAAUAGAAUAAAACUUGUUGACUGGAUAUACUUAUUAUCAACAAAGUUUCCAGAAGAAUUAACAACUCAUUUAAAGUUAUUUAAACAAUCAAGGGUCAAAUUGAAACAUAUACAAUUACUUAGUGCCAAAGAAGUUGCCAAUGGGUCUUCAAAAUUGAGCCCAAAAAAACAAGACGAAAGAAAAGCUCACAGGAGAAAUAAAAGUGAUACAGAUUUGUCCUGGGCCCCAGAUUCACAAACAUUUGGAAAAUCAAAAUUCUAUGGGAGUUCAGAAAACAUAGGUAGCACUAAUUUGAAAGAUAUAUUUUUUGACUUGGAGUGUGCAAUGGAGAAUAAGCUGCUUUGCAGGGACACCUUCUGCUUGGAUCCUGAGAAAGAGUAUUCAUUUCUAUGUGAAGUAUCAGAAGCACUACUAUAUUUGGUUGCUCCAGAAGAAGUCUGGAAAUGCCACGCCUUAAAACUGAUUAUAAUAGAGCUGCUUUCAUCAAUUGUGCUGAAACCUAUAUUCAACAUGUUGAGCGAUCCUGACAAUAUCAACAGAGCGAUUAUAAGAACUUGUUGCCGCGACUCGCUGUUGCCGUCAGAGUUGUUUCUCUUAGUUGUAAGGACAUGCGCGGACGCAGAAGAACUAGACGCGACGUUGGAAUUGGUUCAGAAGGAUAUACAAAAAUUGCAUUCCAAAGACAGUGCCGGUGAAUGGGAGCUCCAAGAUCGUCAAAAGCUGUCUUCGCUGCAGUACUUGGCUCGGAUCAUUCAAGCCAGAAGAGCUACCAUGGGACCACAAGAAGGUACAAACAACGCGAGCACAGAGAAGGUGUCCGAAGAAGUUCUGCGGUCUCUGAAGUUCUUACGGGCGACGGCCGCUUGGAGGUCCAACGCCCAAUAUCUUCUGGAGAUCGAGAUGAAUGAAACCGAUGUUCCUCACACCUCAAAAGCUGUAAUCGACAACCUGCGCUCGUCUGCCCUUGAGCUGUGUGACCUGUACUUGGCUCCGAACCGUCAAGUGAUGGGUCUACCUGAGAAUUGCCACUCGGAAAUGGUUCGGAAGAUCACCACCGAGGGUGAAGAGUUCACAAACAACCCCCUGACGUGCUUCGACGAUGUUCAGAAGUGUGUUUGUAAUGCAUUAGAGGAUGACCCGAUUUGGCAGGCGGAUUUCAUGUUAGAUACAGAGCAAGAUGGAGCAGACAGAAGUCAUAGUGACUUAAGAACGACAAAAGCCGAAGGCAAAAAAUAUGGAGGUGAUGUGGUAUUGCCCGUACCUGGCUCGAGGCAUAACAGAUCGCGGUCAGACAUUGUAGGCAAUUUCGCUCACAAAAUGCUCGAGAGCGUAGCAGUAGGAGCAUCAAGUUUAUCAGCUGGGCCCUCAAACAGCCUGUCAAUGUCACAAACGGAAAUAAGUGGGAGAGCCAAAAACUAUUUAUCGCCGCUCUCUGCGUACAUUAUAGAAACAGCGCUGGUCCAAGAUAAGGGAAGAACAUUCGGAAUUUACGCUAUAGCGGUGACAAGAUCCUCAGAUAAUGAAGUGUGGCAUAUUUAUAGGAGAUACAGCGAUUUUUAUGAACUGCAUUCUGCUGUUAAAGAUAAGUGGCCGGAACUCGGUAAUCUGCCGUUUCCAGCCAAAAAGACAUUUCAAAAUACAUCACGUACAGUACUGGAAAAUCGGAAACGGAUGUUGAAUAGUUAUUUGCAGCACUUGACAAGUAUCUCCAGGGAUUCACGAUACUUAGCGUUGCUGUCGCCGGCCUAUCUUGGUGGAUUUCUCAGUCCCGAAAUACAGACCGAGAGACAUGGCAACACUAUUGAUGCUCUCCUAGUGAACUCAAUCAAGGCGGGAAUGCGGACACUCAAAAGCAUGCCGGACCAGUUUGCGAAUACCGUGGAUGGAGUUAUGGAUGGUAUAUCAAAAGUGUUUCAAGGCAAAAGCGUAGAUAAUGACUACGAUUUCAAAAGAGACGUUGCAUCGGAAGGUCAAGAUGACGGAGAUGAGAGCGUACCAUUGAAGUUAUUGGAAGAAGUACUGGGGAUACGCGGCCUUUGGCUCAGGAGGCGUCUUCUGGCUCCCGUUAGGACUCUCAUAGCUGAUCGAGUCAAUAAGAAAGUUUUAGAACUGAUUGCAGCGCUUACGUCGCCGCGUAAUGUCGUGCAGUAUUUGAAAUCAUUCAAACAAUGGUUAACCAGCCGUGAUAACUCCACUACUUCAAGUAGGGACUCUGCGACCAAAGCCAGGACGAGAGUCGCAGCUAAAGUGGCGCUUCUAGCAGCAGCACCAGACGAUCUUAAACACAUAGUGGGAACGGACGCAGCGCGAAGGGGUCUCCUUACAGUUUUCGACUUGUUUCAAACGCAAGAAAUUAAUAAGCGGCUAUUAUUAGUAUUGUUAGAAGUGGCCUUGUGUAAUCUAUUCCCUGAUAACAACGUACCGGAGAUAUUUAAAAAAUUAUACUCAAAUUCGACUCGCAUUUCACUUCCUAAGAAAUCUGUUAACACAAAUACCCUAUGACGUAAUUAUAUUAAAAAAUCUAAAGUGCGUAUUUUUCGUACUUAAGUUCCGUAUGGAAUAAAUUAUUAAAGGAAGCAUAGCAGAAGAAAAUAGGAAAUGGCAGCUGAAAACCCGUUAACUUAACGAACGACUCUGACCGUAGAAACAUUGUAUACUACAAACUACUAAACGUCAUUGCUACGAGUCGUUUCUUAGAAGGACGUUUUUAUUUUUAUAGACAAAUAUAAUUAAUAGUUGCAAUUUUUUAGAUAUAAUAAUUAGAUUUUUUAUAAUUAGAAAAUUAUAUUUAUUUUAUUAAUAUUAUAUUCAGUAACGUUUAUUUAUAAUUUAGAUUAAAUUUAUUUUCAAUAUUUCAUAUUGGGCAUGUCUGAAAACGGAAUUUUCACUUCAUUUAUAAACUUAGUACUCGAGUGAUGUAAAAAAUUGUGAUAAAACAUAAUUUAACUAAAUGCUGUUUAUAGUGCGUUUAUGGAUAUUCGCUAUACACGUAAAUAGUUUAUGAAAUUGUUGCAUAUGUGAGUAAUAUUAAAUUUCAUGAGCGGUUUUUAUCUUUGUUCACGUACGUAUGUACGUAAACAUCGGGACGUAUCCGGAAUGUGUGACGCCCCUUUUUUGUAUCUUUGUGAACAUUAUAA